CUACAAUCUAUAUGUAUGGUAAUUCUCUUACUGUCAAUGUACUUGCGAUCUAUGCAUAAAACAUUACGAUUUCGUUGUGUGUAAAACAUUCUGCACUAAAAAGCUGACUCAACAGGAUACAGAGAUCUCACGAUUACGAUUCUUAAAUAAUUUACUACGAACUUACAAUUUAAGCAGGUAACACACCUGAUAAAAGAGCAUAAAAGGCAGAGGUUUCAGUUGUCUAUACAUAUGAGUCAAACCUGUUGCCAGGCAACAGAAGAAUCGAUAAACAAUGCGUUCAGACGCGAUUGUCGCCGGUUCUUUUUAGUUCAACCAGUUCAACCGGAAUCCCGAACAGGUCACAUCUAAUUUCAAACCAGUUCUUUAAUAAGGCAAUCGACAAUAUUCGAUAGUAAAAAAAACAUGUCGAUUAAAGUGAGGAAGAAAAAAAUAGCCGGCAAUUAUAAAGUUAAGGAACCUAUAAAUAAUUUUAAAAUAAGAGUCCGAAUCGUACAGCAAAGGCCUUUGCUUGCGGAGCUGCUCGAGAACGAAGGGGAUAACGCCAGGGACACGAAUUUCCUGGAGGAAGAAGACCGGAUUUUCGGUUGGCAGCAAAAAGUAUUUAGUCCGUUCGAGGUGAACUUUUACAGCGAGGAGGCCAAUUGUUUGACUGAAUCCCAGAAGCUGUAUCACCGCCAGAUCAAGGAGACCGAUAUCACCGGUUCUCUACUGUACACGUUCACACAGAAUGAUCCCUACUAUUCGAAGAACGAAUUGUUGACAAGGCCAUACAGAACGAGAUUGGGGAACAGGAACCAAACUGCGUUACCGGUUUUACAAAAUCGCAAGCCCUUCUCCGAAAGGUAUAAUAAAAUGGUGGUUGACGAUGCACCUGACGAGACGCGGAUCCGUACAAACCAUUACCUUUACGCGGAUCAUUCCACGAUGUAUGUCAUGGUUGAUUUAUUACAACGAGAUAAAAUCUUGACGGGCUCCGACGGUGAUAAUGAAACGAUGCUGUGUGUCAUCACUUACGACGGGUUGCACAAAAUUUUGUCGGUAAAUCCAGACUUCACCGAUGAUCGUUGUUACGUUAUCACAAAUUCCAGCGGCGUUCAAUUUAAUUACUGGAUUGAACAUGCUUCCCAGAAGCCGUCGUCAUUGGAAUUGCAACAACAACAAAACGAAUCGCGGCGUGAAAUUAAAGAGCGACUGAUGUAUAAGGAAGCGGAAAUAUCUCACGGCUUGCAGCCAAUACCGCCGAAUGUCUACAAAUUUUUUAUAAAGCUCGACAUUCUAUCGGUUCACGAGUUCUUCUUUAACGGGCUUUGCGUCUCUUAUUACGUCGACUUGCCAAAGCAUUGGAGCACGAGUCAACAAGAUAGAUUAUUUGGCAGAACUCAAAGAUCCAAUUUGAAGAAUAAUACCGCGUAUUUUAGUUAUGCGACCGAAAUUGCGUUAGAUUUUCAGUCGGUGUGUCCGCUCGAUGGAAAUAAUGUUUUGCCGUCCUGGCCACGGUUGUUGUUGUCCGUCACAUCGUUGGAUACCUGGUUCAGGUGGAUAGAUAAAAUGUAUUAUAAUGUAAUAUAAAUGUUGGGUCGAUCAGUAAGU